GUAAACGUAUUCUUGUACCUCCAUUUGGUGGCGCUGCAUAUCCAAACCUGUAGAAAACACUGCACAGCGUAGAAGAAGACUUCACCACGACUUUGACGAUUAGCAACAGAGCACUGACCUUCUCACUGCAGGGACAAACUGAAAGAUGGCUGGGAGCGCAUUUGCAAGCUUUUUUACCAAGAUGAGCCCUUACUACACUAAGGCCUACCAAGAGGUCUGGUUGGGAGUUGGCCUCUAUACAUUCGCAUACUCCAGACUUGCUUUUGGAGGCAAAAAGGCUGAGGAUGCAAAGCCUGCCCAUUAAGUCUUCCACCAUGCCAACCAACCCUCCCCCUGCUGUGAAAAUAUGGCCCCAUCGUUAGUCCAGAAGUCCAGCUUCACAUUUGAAUUUUUGUUAAUAUGGAACCAAUAAAGUUGCUAUCUAAAACGUA